AUGGGUUCCACUUGUUCAUUACCACCCAUUGUCUUACCGUUUAUUCAUACAUUUAGUGUACAAAAAUCAAAUCCAUCAGAACCAACAGUUGAAACUAUUGAGCGACUAAUCACUCGCGACCGGCAAUCGACAAAAAAUGUCGGCUUAAAUAAAUUGAAUGUUACUGAUAAAAAAUUUCUAGUUCCAAGUGAUAAUCACAUGAAAGACAAACGACCAAUUAAAUCCUCUGGAUCCAAUGAAUCGUCUAAAGUAUAUACAUUCAAGGAAUACAAACAAUACUUGCAAUCAAGAAGGGAAUCAAAAACAAUUUCAACUCCAGUAACAUCAAUAACUGAGAAAAAGGAAACCAACAAUGAACGCUGUCGAACAGCAACAAUCCGAAAGAUAAACAAAGAUGAUAAAACAAACUCAACCUCAACCUCAACCUCCUCCUCUCCUUUAUCAUCAUCUUCUUCAUCCUCACCUCCUUUGACAUUGUCAGUGAUAUCGUCUAAUUCAAUAUCAAAUCAAAGUGAAUCCAAAAAGUCAUCAUCAGCAGUGAUUAACAGCGUUAAAAAAGUAACAUGGCAAAAAACUGACCGUAAGUCCAGUUUUUCUGACAAGGAAAGCUCAGAUGAUUCAGGAAUAGGAGGUUUAUCUACAACAUUGGAACAAGCUUCUAAAUCAAAAAGACGAAUCAGACCAACUGCUGAUACAAAUCAUAAGAAAUGCAAUUGGCCAACUGCUUGA